UGCUGAAGUUUUUAUUUUAAAUCUUUGAUUCUAGUUUAGGGUAAAGAACCUGUCUUUAGUUUUGAAUGUUUAACUUUUUAAUUCGGCCUCUUAUUUUAAAGUUUCUUUGUGUUUAGUUCAGGCUCUUAUUUGGAAACUGGUCUCUGUGUUUGAGGCUCUUAUUCUGAAGACUCCGUCAGCUGAUGAGGUCAGAUCGUGUCUCCAUGAGGGAGGCUGUUCAGAGUGUGUGCUCAGUCUGUGCAACACACACACCUGAGACCAGCACCAUGGAUCUGGACCCCACCGUCAUCAUCCCCGCCGUCCUCUUCACUGUGGUCGCGGUUUAUUUGGCUUCAUCGCUGCUCAGCAGGAAGCCCGACAGACCCUCCUCUUCCUCAGCCGGGACCAACAAGCCCAAAGUUGGAUACGGAGACGAAGUUCCUCCGUCCAGGGGGCUGGAAGAACCGCUGUUCUCUCUGGGACCAGAACCAGCAGAGAAGAACCGGGGCGUCCCGGAUCUGAAAGUGAAGGCUGUCUCAGAACCCGCUCCAGAACCAGUGACAGUACGAAAAGAAGUCCUCAAAAAAGCAGAGACCCAAGAAGAUUUUCCUGAACAAAUCCAAAUACAAGAAUCUUUUCCAGAGCCAGUAGAAGCUGCAGCACCUGUUGCAGCUAAAGAACCAGAACUUGCUGCAGAUUCAGUUAAAGAACUAGAACCUGUUAAGGAGACAGUAAAAGUACAGAAAACCUUUCCAGAACCGUUAGUAGCUCAGAAACGUUUCACUGAAACAGAAUAUGUGCCUGAACUAGCUCCAGAACCUGUGACAGUAACAGAGACUCUAGAAGAACCCCCUAUUGUACCAGAACCUGUUGUAGAAUCUGUCAAAGAGCCAGAGGCUGUACCAGAACCACUUGCAACCCCAGAACCUGAAUCAGCUGCAGCCUCAGAAUCCAAUCCUGUCCCAGAACCAGUUGGGGUUGCUGAUCCAGAGCCAGUAGUCCCUGAACCAGCAGCUGAAGUGGUCCAACAGUCAGAGACGAAACAACAAAAAGUUGAAAAAGCGGAGGAGUCUGCACCAGAACCAGCACCUGAAAAGUUCUCUGAACCCACUGAGCAUGUUGAAGAGGUGUCGAAAGAACCAGAGCAGGAGAUCUCUUUGAAUGAUGUUGCUGCAGCUGCAGAUGAGCUGGUGAUUACAGCUGAAAAUGAACCCAGCAACUUGGAGAUGCUGAUGAAGAAGGAGGAGGUGCAGGAGGAGCAGAGGGUGCAGCAGGAGCAGCUGGAAGCCAUAUUCCUGCUGCUCCAACAGAACCGGGAGCUUCUGGGCUCAGAGACUCUCAAAGACUCGGAGGAGCAGCUGAAGCUCAGCUCUACUUCAGAAACACCAACCAAGAUGACGUCCAUCCAUCGUCCCAACAUCUAAGGGUUACCAUGGAGACACCCUCAGAGACUCCAAGUUGUCUUCUGUGAAAAAGUAUUUGCCCCAUAUUUCACCAGCCACACCUGACCUGAUGACUGGCUGACCUGCUGAAUCAAGAACCUUUUUUGACAACAUAAAGUAAUAUAAAAGAAACCAAACAGCAACACAAUAUGUCCCGAUCUAAAGACCUUAGGAGCAAAUGAGAGACAAAGUCUCUGACAUUUCAGGACAGAGGUCAUAAUAAAUAAUAAUAAUAAUUAAAAAAAAACAUCUUGAUGAUCCUCAAGACUUUGGGAAAAUAUUCUGUGGACUGAUGAGUCAAAAAUGGACCUUUCUGCAGCUGUGUGUCCCCUUACAUCUGGUGUUCAACUAACACAGCAUUUCAGAAACAGAACAUCAUACCUGCAGUCAGACAUGGUGGUGGCAGUGUGAUGGUUUGGGCUGCUUUGCUGCUUCAGGACCUGGACGACUUGCUGUAAUUGAUGGAGCCAUGAGUUCUGAUCUCUAGCAGAACAUUUUUGAGAAUGUCCCGUCAUCAGUUCAUGACCCGAAGCCCAAGCUCACUAGGGUUCUGCAGGACACUGAUCCAGAACACAGCAAGUCCACCUCUGAAUGGCUGAGAAACAAAUGGGAGGUUUUAGAGGGGCCAGUAUUUAAAUCUGAUUCAGAUGAUAUUAAAUGACCUUUUACAUGCUGGAAAAACGUCCAAUAUGUUUGAAUUAAAUCAAUUCAGGAAAGCAGAGUGGGUCAGAAUUCCUCCACAGCGCUGUUAAAGACUCAGAUCCAGUGUUUGUGAAACCUGGUACUGAGAAUGGCUGCUGUUGCUGCUGCCAAGGCAGGAACCACCAGUUAUUAGGCUUAGGGGGUAAAUACUUUUCACACAGACCUAGGUUGCUUUGGAUGGUUUUCUUUCUCAUAAUUAAUUAAAUAAAUUUGAAAACUGUUUUUUGUUUUUACUCAUCUUUAAAAUAAAAAUCUAUUUGAUCUGAAACAUUCAAGUGUAAAAUAGCAAAAAAGUAAAUCUUUAGGGGGUAAAUACUUUUCACAGCAUUGUAGAUAAUACAGGGAUAAAGAACAGCAUGAUGCACAACUGUCUAAUGUGUUUUUCCUUCAGACACAAAAGUUAAAAACUAAGUCUACCAUUUUUUCAGCUGACUUCCACAUUUUAUAACAACAUUUUUCGUUGAUAUUUUUUUAAUAAACUAAUUCAACAUUCUCCCAAACAGCUUUAAAAAGUCAGUCUGAAAAGUUCUAAUUUAUUGCAACCUCUAGAGAUUUCUCUGCUUUAUUAUUUAGAUAUCCCUGGAAACAUUAAAAAGUUGAAAUUAUAUUUUUGAAUCAUUCGUAUUUUUUAUUUCAGACCUCCAUGAAGAUAGCCUAGCUUGAUUCUUGAAAGGUUUUAUUUAGAUGAGUAGCUGAAGUAUACAGAAAAUCUUGUCAGCUGAUUUUUAGCCAAUCAUUCUUUUCAGUUAAUUCUGUCAGGAUGUUUGUGGUAAACAUGAUGUUAUUUUGUAUUUAUUGUAGACUUCUUGGAUCUGAAAGACUUUUAUGGUUUGAGUUCAGAUCGUUGUCGGAAAUCUGUUUCAGUUUGAUUCAACUUUGGUUUCUAACUGCCAAUAAAACAUCCAAUCAAACCUAAA